GGAUCGUCGAACUGUCAUUAAUCUUGAGGCGCUCCUGUGGACUCGGUUUUCAUAGCUUUCCCUAAUCUCAUGUAGAAAAGCAAGCACGAUUAACCGACAAUUCCGUUUCAUCGCCAUUCUUCUACGCCGAACCCAGAACCUCCGUUCACUGACGAGAUACCCCUCCUCUCCGCUUGCCGAGUCCGUCACAAUGUCGCAAAAUCAACGCAGGGGUAGAGGAGGCAACCAGAGCCGUGAAGUGACUAUUUCUAAAGCGUUAAGUCUGCUAUUGCGCCAUGCAGCAGAAAAGGAAGGGCUGAAAAUGGAUUCUCAAGGGUAUGCCAACGUGGCGGACGUGCUAGCAUGGAAAAAAAUCAAGUCUCUUAAGGUUACUCUUCCUGAAAUCAUUCACGCGGUUGCCUCAUCCGACAAAAAGCGGUUUGCGCUGUUACACAUCCCUUCGGCGAAGGCUUUAAGCGACACAACAACGACUGGGGAGCGCGAAGGGGAGACCCCCGUCUGCGAAACAGAACCGAGCUCGAUGCCUACAUCGCAGGUCCCGACCACCAGCGCGGGGCAGGAGAAUGCAACGGCGACGGCACUCGCCGUGAACGAUACAGACCCGUCUCAUUUCCUGAUCCGAGCGACGCAGGGGCACAGCAUUAAGAGCGUGGACGCGGCCGCGUUCCUGGAGAGACUGACAUUGGAAGACGAGGCGAGGUUACCGGACACUGUUGUGCACGGGACAUACCAUGCCGUUUGGUCGGCCAUUCUCCAGUCCGGCGGGCUGCGGUGCAUGGGACGGAACCAGGUUCAUUUUGCAACUGGGCCUUCCCUGGAAUCCGUGCUACCUACACAUGUAGACGGGACGGCACACUCAGCUACGACACCCUCGGGCCUAAACGAUGGGCGAGUAAUCUCCGGGAUGAGGCGAGAUGCGCAGAUUCUGAUCUACAUUGACAUCAAGAAGGCAAUGGCCGCGGGGUGUCCGUUCUGGCGCAGUGAGAACGGGGUCAUCCUGAGUGAGGGCGUGGAUGUAGGGGGGGUCAGGAGGCUGGAGAUGGCACAUCGCAAAAGAUCAUUCCCCUUGAAUUCUUUGAUGUUGUUGUGGAACGGAAAUGUGGGCUCGGGAAGAUUUGGGAACGUGGGCAAACGAUCAAGGAAUUGCCGUCGGAAUUGCUUCAGAGAGGCAAUCCCAAGGGUCCACAAGCAGGAUCGGAUGGGAGGAGAGGGGGUAAAAGAAAUGGAUGAUCUCCAUGACCCUGUGAUGAACAAGUCUUACUGAUAUUUUGUCUGAGCGCAUAUGCUUAAAUUUACAUCUAGCUCUGAAGCUGUACACAGG